GUAAAAAUCCUUCUUCGCCCAGCGUUUGAACCUCCUAUUCAAACUAAUUCUAAUUAACAAAUUUGUUUCACGCAUAGCUUGUUUUAACACCGAAGUGUUCCUGUAGCGAUAUUAACGCACUUUUCUUUAUUUCUAAGGUUUUCUUGCUAUUCUAACAUGAACGAAACUAACGCGACUUAUCUUAACAAUACAAGCAACAAAUGGCGAUACGACAAUGAUUUCGAGACAACCAAGAUAUGGUUGCGAGGUAUCACAGCUUUAAUAGUUCUCGUGGGCAACUUUGUCUGCAUCGCUGCUUUCCUGGGAUCAAAAUCACUUCRUACAAGACCGCAUUACUUGCUAGUCCACCUCUGYGURGCRGAUUUCUUGGUAGGARUUAGUAUUUUACUUAGGUUAAUUGUUGAUGUUUACUACUGGAAGUAUGGCAGCGCGGAAAUCRUGUUCAGGACUUUCACUUUUACAUUGGACUACUUCUCAAACAUUGCGUCUAUCUACGUGUUAACAUCAAUAUCGGUAGAACGCUUCCUGGCAAUGGUAUUYCCAUUGUUCCAUCGAAUGGCUGGUAAAGGAUUGUACGCCGUGCUCAUGGGGAUUCCCUGGGGUCUGUCUUGUCUAGUCACAUUGAUUUACAUCUUUUCAAAUCUUAUCUAUUACAUCGAUAUAAGCACGUUUGAGUUAAUCUAUCUGUUCGUUAUUACUAUUCCCGUGGCCUUAAUUUUGSUCUCCUAUUCYGCUAUUGUUGCAAAAGUACGCAAAAAUCACGUGCAGAAGAACAACMGGACUCUARAGUUGCGUGACCGAAAACUAGCCGUCACGCUUUUGAUGGUCACGCUAGCGUCAGUGUUCACAUGGGGACCGUAUAAUGUCUACUACGUGCUUGCAUACUACUGCAAAAGCUGCAAGAUCAAGUUCUCUAAUAAAGUGUUCUUCUACUUGAUUUUGCUUCAGUACUGGAACUCAGGCGUGAAUCUCAUGGUGUACUUUUAUAGGAUGCCACAGUUUAGACAAGUUGUGAUGAACUGUUGUAGAAAACCUAAAGUGAGCCCUAGACAUCAUGGAAACAGUAGCAAACCAUGUGGCACUAAUUCGGCCCCUCCCCUCCAUAGUACCCCUCCACCAAGCUUAACUCCAAUGGCUACCACAAGCUCUGCUAAGCAGAUUCAACAUACACAGAUCUCUACAAAACUUUAAUAUGUACAUUGUCCUCAUAUAA